AUGGUGGGUGGCGGCUUUGGACGUCCCGGUUUUGGUGGUGGCUACGGUGGCGGUUUUGGCCGUCCUGGAUUUGGUGGCGGCUAUGGUCGUCCAGGUUUCGGUGGUGGCUACGGUGGAGGUUUUGGCCGUCCCGGUUUCGGUGGUCCCGGAUUCGGAGGUCCUGGUUUCGGUGGUGUCGGCGGUGGCUCCUCAUCUGCCUCUGCUUCUUCCAGUGCUAGCUCUGCUGGCAAUGGUUUUGGCGGUGCUGGUUCAGCUUCAGCUUCUGCAUCCGCAUCAGCUGCUGGUGGCGGUGGUUUCCGCGGUUAG